AGUAAAUUAUUGUCCUUUUGGGAAUAUAAAAAAACAAUAAAAUUAAGUAAAUGCCGAUCUAUUAUAAAUCAAAUUCGUCUUUUUAAACAGCAAAUAUUUUCCAAGGAAUACAUUAUUGUGUAAGAAUAGGAAUUCGCUUAAUAAGCAACUGAACAAAUCAAACUUAAUCACACAAGAUCGCACAAAAGUGUGGUAGACAGUAAAAUGUUUUGCUGCCACAGACGUUUAACAACGCGCUCAGCCGUAAUAGUGCUGAUAUACUGUUUAAUUCCAACCGUAUUGGCCUUGCAAAUACCAAAAGAUGUGGAAAUACUUGAAGGUUAUGAAUUCGAUGAAUCUCCUGAGUAUUAUGCUACCGAUGCCAAUUAUUACGAGGCACGAAGUAUGAUGACGGGACACAAUAAGGCCAUACGUAAUAAAAGAUCAACUUUGGAAUAUGAUCAAGCUAAGGGCUUAAUAAGUAAAACAGGUUUUAAUAAAAAGUUUCAAGAAAGUCUUAUACAUAAUGUGGAAAGUGAUCGUAUUGAUGUGCAGCAAUCAACUGUCAUAAAUAAACAAGAUCAAGAGGAAUUAAAAGCAGAGGCUAGGGAGGAUGAUAAUGGCAGAGAAGGUGAAUUGGGUGAAGCUUUACCAAAAGCUGAAAAGCAAAUCAUGGAUCCUGAUUAUGAUUACUAUUCACAGCGUCAUAUUGCUAGUUGGAAAGAUCAUGUAAAUGUAGAUCAUUCCGUUAAUGAUGAUGAUACGGUUGCCGAGGCCACUAGUGGUUAUGCGGCUAGGGCACGUCAAGCUAGAGUUAAUUUUAUAACGCAGCCUAGAAAGGAAAAUGAACCACCUAAAGAGUUGCCUGAGCCGAGAGUAACAAAAGUUACACCACCUUUAAUUAAACCUCAUUACGAUCAAAAGUUUGGUGCUGCAGCGGCCCCUUCGUAUAACUACGAAAUGUACCCUUCACGUUCUUAUGAUCCCUAUUUAAGGCGUUAUGAUCGAUUCGAUGAACAAUACUCUCGUUAUGAUCCCUAUAACUAUGAGGAUCAUUUCUUAUACCGUCGCCACUACGAUCCUUACGACAGCUAUAGUCCACGAAUGCCACAAUACCCAGAACCUUAUUACAAUUAUCCAGAUCGUCGUUAUGAUAUACCCGAACCUCGAGAAUAUUUACCUUUAUAUAAUAAUGAAAUUUAUGAAAAAUCAGCAUAUGCUCCCAUUAACUACCCCGAUCCUUAUCCAGCAUCUUCAAAAUAUCCCAUUGAUUAUACAGCACCUUCUAAAUAUCCUGUAGAUUAUACUCGUAGUAAUAAACGUAUUGUUUAUUAUGCUCAUUUGCCCGAAAUAGUACGAACACCUUACGAUUAUGCUGCCAACAACUACAAUCGUGAUCAACGUUAUGAUGGCCUAUUAACACCUACAAAAACUUUACCGAAUACUUAUAAAAUUGAUAAGACCGGAACACCGGCCACUUUGAGUAGUAAUCCGAAUGUUAAUACAGAUCAUUAUGAUUAUAUGAAACGAGAUAAAAAAGAUCGUGUUACACCAAAACCCAUUAAGGUCAAUAGCAACAAUGGUCGACAAUAAUAAUUUUUAAGUUGUUGGGUUGUUAGUAGGGAGAUGAGGAAAGUUUUAAAUAAUCAUACCAAAAAGCAAGAAACAAACAACAAAUCUUAUUUACUCAAAUUAGUAUUAAAUUAUUUACCAAUGUUUUUUUUUUAGUUAGUUUACUUUAUUAUUUUGUAUAAUUUUUUAAUAAAACCUAAAUAUUUAUUACUUAUUUUACACUAAAGUUUUAGGUUUUAAAAUAAUUUAAAUUAAAGGCCUUCAUUGGUAGGUCCUACGAUUUUUGUUAUUUAUUUUAGUUUCUAAUUCAAUAUUAACGGAAUAAGAUGACCGACAGCUUAUAAAUCCGCUACCGGCGUACAAUGGUUUGUAAUGGUGGUUUUGGGCUUUUUAAUUUCACCUCUUUUAGAUAUUCAAAUACCCAAAGAUGUGGAAAUUAUUAAUGGUUAAAAAUUCAAUUCCAAAGUAUUAUAUGUGAACAGAUGUCAAGUAUUUUAAUGUAAGAAAUAUAUUAGUAUCAGCAAAGGAUCCUAAAACACUGAAAAAAUGGAUCCAAAGUGUGAACACUUUGUUAAUAAUUUUUACGAUUGACGUAUUUCCCUAAAUUGUGGUACAGUAAUAAAUAAAAUGUACUUGCAUAAAUAUUAGACCAAUUAAAUAAAAG